ACCUCGCUCCCCACUUUUUGUUGACAGUUAGUUUGGCGUUUGGCCGAUGUAAACAAAAUUUAAAAAGAAAACAUGGGCCUCCUAACAGACCCAAGCAGCGGUCACGGCAAGUUAACGAAGAUCCUGUUAAGAUUCUACGUGCCGUUGUGUGUGCUGCUUUAUAUUGCGGGAGUGUUGUGGUUUGCCGCCCUGGCUUCGCCCCUCGUCAAUGCUAGUACCUACUUCUCAGAAAACGCCCUUCUCCCUGGGCUAGUAAAGUCGACGUUUAGGGAGGAUAAGGCCGCGUUGCAGUACUUUCAAGAGCUGGAGGACGAAGCCGGGAAGUACGGCGAUUCAAUCCCCUAUCCGUGGCUGCUGGCCAAGUUCAGGCAAAUCGGGCUGGACUCGUACACGCACAACUUCACCCUACACUCGCCUUUGAACCCCAACGAGACGUUCCAAGGGAAGAAUGUGUAUGGGAUCCUCAGGGCGCCGAGGGCAUCAAGCACUGAGGCUCUGGUACUAACUGCCCCGUACAGGCCGCCUUCUAGCGUCCACUCAACCACCCUGCCCUCCAUCGCUAUUCAGCUUGCCUUUGCCAAGUUUGCGGUGAGAGAAAAGUAUUGGGCCAAAGACAUCAUAUUCCUAAUCACCGACCACGAGCAGUUGGGGAUUCAAGCCUGGCUGGAGGCCUAUCACGGGGUGAGCUGUGGAAGUGAAAACACGCUAGACCAUGGGCAGUUGAGAGGCCGAGCGGGCGCAAUACAAGCGGCGAUUAAUCUGGAACUGCACAGCGUGCGAAUAGGGCAUGUGGACCUAAAGAUCGAGGGCCUAAACGGCCAGUUGCCCAACUUGGACUUGUUCAAUUUAGCAGCGCGGAUUUGCGCCAAAGAGGGCAUUUUCUAUACCUUCAAGGAACGCACGGCCACAUUCAGCAAGAGCCCCUACAAGGAGUGGUGGCAUUACUUCAAGAACAUGAUGAGCAUGGUGGCCACACAAGCCACUGGCAUUCCUAACGGCAACCAUGGGCUUUUCCUGCGCUUUGGCAUCCAAGCGCUCACGGUGGAAGGAUUUCAAGAAACCAAAGGUGGCUCCAGAGUGGGCCUGCUGAGCAUGGGGCGCGUGAUUGAAGGAGUGUUCAGGAGCAUGAACAAUCUCCUUGAGCGGUUCCAUCAAAGUUUCUUCUUCUACAUAUUGCCCUCUUCCGAUCGGUACAUUUCGAUUGGCUUGUACAUGCCGGCAGUGUGCAUGUUGGGGGCUGCCCUGAUAAUCCGGGCCUGCGCCAAGUGGUGCCAGAUUCAAGAGAACCAGCAGGCCUGGAAGGGCCGCUACCAUAAAACCAGUUACAGAGAGGCGAUUGUUUUGUUCCUGAUCUUGCACUGUAUUGGGGCGCUUUUUAUUACACUGCCCCAAAGCGUCAAAUUCCUUUCUAAGUUCUGGGCGCUUGAAAUUACCAACACCAUUCUUAUAGCCUUGAUUGGUAACUCGCUGGCCUUUCUAUCCGUACCGUAUAUGUUUGGGGAACUGCGAAACUGCCCCCAGAGCCUUAAUUUAUUGUGCAUCUUUUCCCUGCUCGAGCUGGGAACCACCAUAAUUUGCCUGUCGAUGAACAAUAUUUCCUUGGGAAUCAUUUGCGGCGCCAUCAUUGUCCCCUUUGCCCUGAUAAUCGACGUGACUUCGAGCAAAGGCUACGGCCUGUUGCAGAAAACUUUGUGGCUUCUGGUUCAUCCAUUGGUUGUUCUGCUCGGGAUGGUUUUCAUCAUCACCUGUACAAUGUUCAGUCAGGACAGGGCCAAAGAUAUAGUUUUUAGAACGAUCUUUGCCUAUCGGGAUGCGGUCCUUUUCAGCAUCGUCGAUUCAAUGAUCUACGGCAAUUGGUUGUACAGUGUUAUUGGUGCGAUUUUCAUUCCAAAUUGGUUGUGUUUUUGGGUUGUUGCCUUCGGUAACAGUGCUGAUAUCAGUUCGCCCUCCAAAAGCAAAAAAACUGAUUAAUUUUAGCAGUUUUAUGUAUAUAGAGUAUCUAGAUGUUUUUUACCAAUCAAGGUGCUCGUGUAAUGUUGUAGUUUUGAGGCGUUUUACUGUGUAAGUUAAUGUAUGAGGUUUAGCUGGAAAUAAAUCGGUAGUUAUUCAACGCUUAA